UAGUCAAGAUAUAACAUUAAAGUUUCCAUUAGUGAAACGGCAUUAAUGCAACACUUCUGUUGUGUUUGGAUCACUUUUAGAGAGUUAUUAUUUCACAACAUCACAACAGAAAAUGCUUCACACAUCUCUUGUGUUGUGCUUGUGGACUCUGAUCGGUGUGUUUGGUGAUGAAGUGAAGUCAGUGUCAGUGAUGGAGGGACAUUCUGUUACUCUACACACUCAUCUCACUCACAUACAGAGAUAUGAGGUGAUGGAGUGGAGGUUUGGAGUGGAUGGUCCUGUCAUCGCCUCAAUCAUGAGAUCAGUGAAUAAUCCCACAUAUGAUAAUAAUGGUGAGACUGAGAUAUUCAGAGACAGACUGAAGAUGAACAAUCAGACUGGAGAUCUCACCAUCACAGACGUCACAUCUCAACACUCUGGACUUUAUCAUCUACAUACUGUAACUAGUCAAGACAUGACAAAGAUUUUCAAUCUUACUGUUAACAUUCAUACUGCUGUCAGUGAAUCUACACAAACUUCAUCAUCGUCGUCAUCAUCACAGAGUCUCAGUAUGUCAGCAGAUCUUCAUACUCCAUCAGGAGAAACACAUCUCAUCAUUCCUCUCUCUUGUGCUGUGGCUGCUGGGUCUGUGAUGAUUGUAAUUGCACUUCUGAUCUACUUCAUGUGCAGAAAACACAGAAAAACACACGAAGAAGAUCAGCCCCGUGAUGAUGACAUUACUUACGCUGAAACAACAUUCUACAGACGAAAUCAACAGAAGCAGAGCGUUAAAGAAGAGGAGGAUGUUGUGUACGCACAUGUCAACACCAGACGUUGAUCGACUGUUUUAAAAUCCAUCUCUGAUACACAUUUUCAGCUUAUUUGUGUUUAGAUUUUAUUCUUUGAAUAGGUGAUUUUUUACAUUUCAAUGAGUGAUUCAUUCGUAUUUAGAUUUUCUCAGAGUGCUAAAUUGCUGAUUCUCAAGACAUAGUGCCAGGCCUCUCCACACGCAAAGUGCGUAAAUGCGUCAACCACUAGGGGGCGACCUUGCGUUCAAAAAUGAUUAAGUACCUUAUUAGGAUAACCGACGGUAAAUCCUUUUAAAACACAAACAUAAAUGUAUUGAUACAAAUAUAUUGAUUCAGCGUGUUCAUUUUUUUAUGUUUUGAUUCAUUUUAUUUUAUUCUUGCUUGAGACUCGGAUAUCAUGCAAUGAC